AUUUGUUCAGCUACAAACAUCUCAUGGCGACGGUCUUGAUCAUUGGCGCCGGGCUGGGUGGUCUUUGCCUUGCCCAUGCCCUCCAAAAACACAACAUCCCUUUCAAAGUGUUUGAAAAGGACGCGAAACAUGACCUCCGUGCGCAGGGGUAUCGACUCCGUAUUGGUGAAGAAGGUAUCCGCGCAUUACAGUACUCCCUUACUCCAGCAGUGUGGGAUCUCCUCAAGGAGACCUGCGUCGAGUUCCACUCGUCCUCCCCAUCUGGCCGACUCGAUGCCGUGGCGGCAAUUCCACUAGGAGCGUCGGUGCUAGGCGGCGGCCCUCCAUCUUUCCAAGGAAGAUUGGAGCCUCUCACCGUCGACCGAACUGUCUUCCGCGAUGUCCUCCUAACAGGGCUCCAGGGACGGGUUAUCUUCGGGAAACAAUUCACCCACUACGAAGCGGAUCCUGAUCGAGUCCGAGCAUAUUUCACCGAUGGCACAGUCGAAGAGGGCGCCCUGCUUAUCGGGGCGGAUGGUUUGCGCUCUCGCGUCCGAAAGCAGCGUCUCCCAGAUUACCCCAUCCUCGACACAGGAAUACGCAUCAUAUACGGCAAGACUGUUCUAUCCGAACAAGUCGAGAGGCAACUUCCCCAAGAACUCCUCCGUGGAAUGUCACUCGUGUUUGAAAACGACCAAAUAGCACCAAAGACACUUCUACUCGAACCCAUCAGAUUCCCUCCGACAGCACGCGCGCAAUCGCAGACCCACGUCCAUAUUCCCCAGGACUACAUAUACUGGGUCCUCACUACAAACCGCUCCUCCAUCCCCCUCCGGGACGAGGAGACACUACGCCUUAACCACGAACAAUCCGUAGCCCUCUCCCUGACGCUGACGGAGAAAUGGCACCCAUCCCUACGCGUGUUGUUCGAGGCACAAAGCACGACCCAAACAUCAACGCUGCGGAUUUCAUCCAUGAAACCCGAUCUCCCAGAUUGGGAGCCUUCGCCUUCUUCGCCGCGCAUGACACUCCUGGGUGAUGCGAUUCACGUCAUGCCUCCUACCGGGGGGAUGGGUGUGAAUACCGCCCUGCGAGACGCAGAAGAUCUAGCUCGUCGGGUAGCUGAGCUUUGGGCUAAGCUCGAUUGCUCCGCUAAGACUGAUUCUGAUGCUGGUCUGAACGUGAAUAGCAGCAUUGGUAUCGACGAGAUUUCUGCGUUGGUGAACGACUAUGAGGACGCCCUGCGGGUGUUCGCGCGGCAGGCUCUCGCGGGCAGUUGGCGUGGAGGGAGGAAAGCUUUCGGGCUGGGAUCUGUAGAGGAGUGUGAUGUUAUUAUCGAUUUGUAGUCUGCAUGGGUUUAUAGAUACAGACUACUCAAUAUAUAGAUGACCAUAAUAUCUGCAGUAGCAACUGGACCAUACCUAAA